AGAGAAGAAAAAGUUUGACGUUGUUGACAACCGCAAAAGAAGCCGAUCCGCGAGCAUUUUCAUUUUGGCUGCCAUUGCCGGAAAAAAAUCGCAUUAUUUGCGAUAAAAGUGCUAAAUUUUGCAUCGAAACCUGCCUGCGAUUAGUGCAAAAUGGCUCGAUCGAAAAAUCGCUCUGAAUCGGUCGACUCGGACAAAGCGGAGAAAAAACAGCGCGGCCGGGAAAAGGAACGCAAAAAGCGUAACUCUAGCAGCAGCGAUAGCAGUGGAAGCUCGUCGGAUAGCAGCUCAUCCCGCAGCAGCUCGGGGUCUCGAUCCAGCUCUUCAAGCAGCAGUUCGUCAUCUUCAAGCUCAUCAUCGUCGUCAAGCAGCGGAGCAGAACGUUCGCGUACCAAGCGCAAAACUGUGACCAGAUCCCGUUCCCGUAGCGCUAGCCCCGCCAAGGAGGCACCAAAGGAAGUGAAGGCGCCUCGUCCAAAGUCCAAGGAACGUAAUGACCGUCGCAGCUCGGAACGCGAUAACGACAAAGAGAACAAACAAGCCAAGACAGCAACACCGGAAAGAGGUGCUGCUGGUAAAGAUGUACGCAGUCGUAGAUCUCGUUCCGGAUCUUCCAAACGACGGAGGAAGGAACGUUCGGUGACUCCGAAAGCCACAAGAAUACACGUUGGCCGCUUGACAAGGAACGUUACCAAGGAUCAUGUUACGGAAAUCUUUGGCACAUUCGGCGAGAUACGUACCGUUGAUUUCCCGUUGGACCGUUUCCAGCCAUUUGGGCGUGGUUUUUGCUACAUUGACUAUGCCAAUCCGGAAGGCGCGGAGAAUGCCAUCAAACAUAUGGCCGGUGGACAAAUCGAUGGCCAAGAGGUUACGGCCACUGCGGUUUUGGUGCCGAAGAGUCGGCCCCCGAUGCGACGUCCAUCGCCAAUAAUGCGGAACAAUCGACCGCCGCCGCGUUGGCGUGGAUCUCCCAGACGCUAUCAGCGCCGCUCUCCGAUUAGGCGUAGUCCACGGCGCAGGCGUUCCCGCAGUCCGGUCAGACGACGCCGCCACAGCAACAGCUCGGAUAGCUCUCGUUAGAAGAAGCCACGAAAGGGUACAUUGCUGCGGUUCAGAUCAACCGAAAUUUCAUCGUGUGAACACAGGCUUGUUUGGGUGUGUGUGUUGCGAUCACCAACGUGAGAAAAUAUUGAACUCCCUUUUCUUAGAUGGAUAAGCGAUCCUGCAAAACAAACUAAAUAUUCGAUGGGAAUAAGGCUUUCCUGUCGGCAAUUUGAUUGUAGUAACUCUAUCGAUGUAAGAUCAUAUAUUAAUGUAUGGAAAUAUUUGAUUUAAUAAAGAACAUAAUUUCAAGUCACAUCUUAA